CCAAUACCAACCCUAAUGUCAAACUCAAAAAAAAUGCAGUCGAGUCAUCUGCUUCUGGAAGAGCCAAUCAGGAUGGUUUCAAUCCUGGAGCCAUCAAAGGCUAGUUUUUUCCCGGCAAUGACGAAGAUAGUGGGAACUUUAGGUCCAAGGUCUCGAUCCGUUGAGGUUCUUUCUGGUUGCCUUAAGGCUGGAAUGUCUGUGGCUAGGUUCGAUUUCUCGUGGCAUGACCCGGAGUAUCAUCAGGAAACAUUAGAGAAUUUAAAGGCAGCCGUUAAACUCACUAAAAAGCUUUGUGCGGUUAUGUUGGAUACUGUGGGCCCUGAGUUGCAGGUUGUUAAUAAAAGUGAGAAAGCGAUUUCACUUGAGGCAGAUGCUACCGUUAUUUUGACACCAGAUGAAGGACAGGAGGCAUCUUCCAACUUAUUGCCUAUCAAUUUUGAUGGCUUGUCAAAGGCAGUGAAGAAGGGAGACACUAUUUUUAUUGGUCAGUACCUAUUUACUGGGAGUGAAACCACAUCUGUAUGGCUGGAGGUUAGUGAGGUACAAGGAAAUGAUGUGGUUUGUGUGAUAAAGAACACUGCAACAUUAACUGGUGCAUUGUUCACUUUGCAUGCUUCUCAAAUUCGUAUUGAGUUGCCUACCCUCUCUGAUAAAGACAAGGAGGUUAUAAGCUCUUGGGGAGUUAAAAACAAAAUCGACUUCCUCUCUCUAUCAUACACGCGACAUGCAGAAGAUGUUCGUCAUGCUCGUGAGUUCCUUUCGAAGCAGGGUGACCUCUACCAGACACAAAUUUUUGCCAAGAUUGAAAACAUAGAGGGUUUAAACCAUUUUGAUGAGAUCCUACAAGAAGCAGAUGGUAUCAUCCUUUCUCGUGGAAAUUUGGGCAUUGAUCUCCCACCUGAGAAGGUGUUCUUAUUUCAGAAGGCUGCCCUCUACAAGUGUAACGUGGCUGGAAAGCCUGCAGUGGUCACUCGUGUUGUGGACAGUAUGACUGACAACUUGAGGCCAACUCGUGCUGAGGCAACUGAUGUUGCCAAUGCUGUUCUUGAUGGAAGUGAUGCUAUUCUUCUUGGUGCGGAGACCCUGCGUGGAUUGUACCCUGUUGAAACCAUUUCUACUGUUGGCAAAAUUUGUGCAGAGGCAGAGAAGGUUUUCAACCAAGACCUAUAUUUCAAGAAAACAGUCAAAUAUGUUGGAGAACCAAUGACCCAUUUGGAAUCCAUUGCUUCCUCUGCGGUAAGAGCAGCAAUAAAGGUAAAGGCAUCAGUUAUUAUAUGCUUCACAUCAUCAGGGAGAGCUGCAAGAUUGAUUGCAAAGUACAGGCCAACCAUGCCAGUUCUCUCAGUUGUUAUCCCUCGGCUUAAGACAAAUCAAUUGAAGUGGAGCUUCAGUGGGGCCUUUGAGCAGGCAAGGCAAUCCCUGAUUGUGAGAGGUCUUUUCCCUAUGCUUGCUGAUCCUCGACAUCCUGCGGAGUCAACAAGUGCAACAAAUGAGUCAGUGUUGAAGGUAGCUCUCGACUAUGGGAAGGCUUCAGGAGUUGUAAAGCCACAUGAUCGAGUUGUGGUAUGCCAAAAGGUCGGAGAUGCAUCUGUGGUGAAGAUUAUCGAGCUUGAAGAUUAAAUAGAAUCAGAUAUUAUCGUCUCUUUUUCUCCUUGGAUAUUUUUGCAGUGGGUGAAUGGGGGGGGGGGGGGAGUGUUUUUGGUGGCAACUGCGAGCUAUUUAGCUGCAGGUUUUUGUGAACUGUGGAUUUGAGAUUGUAUAACACCCACGUCUACAAUCUGAUAAUUAAUCUAAACAUACCCCAAAUUAAUGUUUGUUUGCA